CAAACGAGUGGAGAUGCUCUUACCCUCUUGUGUUGGAUUGCAAACAAAGGCGGUUUCUUAAUCCGAUUUUCCUUCCGGCUAGUUAGAGACAGGGUCUAUAAAUAGCUCAUGGAUAUGCAGAUUAGAAGAGCCCGUCAAAUCGCGAUUGCAGAUUUCAGAUCUGUCUUUGUGUGUUCUCGAUUGCGACGAAAAUCGAGUCUUUGGGCUGAGGAAUAAGACCUCAUCGAUGAAUCAGAAAAAGGAGCUGAUCUUGGGAGGAGGGAUAUCCAAGAGGCGGCAGGAGGGGCUCUGGGACCGUGCCGACAAAAAAAAGUCGCGGAAGCAGAAACACCUCUAUCUGGUGCUAGAUGACUGGGCCAAGGGCUUUAGCAUCCGCAAGAUUGACAUUGACACCUUGGACUUGGACAGCAGCUCCGACAUGGACCUGGAGUUCCCAAACGUCCGGCUAGUGUCACCUGAACCUAAAUAUCGCAUGAACUUUGCUGCCCUGGGCAGCAAUAUCUUCAUUGCGAGCAACAGACACCCUGGCACCAUGGUCUACGACACAGAGACAAAUGGAUUGGCCAUCGGCCCUCAUCUCCCGGAUACACUGCUCCGCGGGACUCAGAUCCUUGUGGCUGCUGCUGACAUGCAGCAACUGUAUGUGUUCAAGUUUAACCACAUGGAUAUGCAACAGUCCUUCGAGGUGAUGUCGGCAAAACAGGGGGAUCUCCACUCUUCAAAUCCAAGCACGGACUGGUCUUGGACAAGUGUGCCCUCCCCACUGCCAUUAACUGAGGGUGACAGAAUCACCUCCUAUGCCAUGCACCCGGAUGGACACAGUAUCUUCAUGUCUGCUAGCAACAACCCCAAUGUAUGUACCACCUUCUCCUUUGACACCAAGAACCAUAACUGGAGGUUUCAUGGGGAAUGGGCCUUGCCUUUCCAAGAACAAGGCUACUUUGACAGUGAGCUGGAUGCGUGGGUUGGCCUUCAUGAGGAUGGCUACAUUUGUUCCUGCAAAGUUGCUUCCCCCACCAGCUUAGUUAUCAUGCAGCCGGACUGCAAGAUGGUCGAAGAGAAGCUUUUCCUCAAGCACUCGGGGAGUCUAGGUGCCACCCUCACUUACAUGGGGAACAGCAGGUUUUGCCUUGUGGAGAGAGUCGUACGCAAAGAAAUGGAGUUUGAAGACAGCUUUGUUGGUGACUGUGGCUUCAUGGUCCACAUUACCAUUUUUGGUCUUAAGUACAGUUGUGAGGGAGAGCUGCAAACCACCAUCCACCGAACCGCCAAAUCAUAUCAAGUGUCUAAGAAUUUCAUGUCAUUUUCUCCUGUAGCGUUCUGGUUAUAGCUAGGAAUGCUGGUUGGUUUGGUUGUAUGCAAUGCAUCUAUGUACUUUUCAUGGAUGUAAAUUAUGAUUUGUGGCAAAAAAAAAAUUUGCUUCUCGUGGCAAUUUUUGUGGAACCUGCUGAGGUAUCUUUGCUACUCUUAAACAAGAGUUAGUCCUACAUUCUUUCUUAGGUUCCUAGUACCCUUCCAUCUCUCCCUCUUUCCCUUAGGCUCCUAUCGCCCUUUCUCAUGGAGUAGGCUGGUUAUCCUCAAAGCUCUUCGUUCGAGGGCUUUCCUGGAGCACAAACGAAAGCACUCUGAUGGAUGCCUUUUCCCAUUACGGUGAAAUUAUUUAUGCUAAGGUCCUCGUAGACCAUGACACUGGAAGGUUUAGAGGUUUUGGCUUUAUAACUUAUAUGCAGCAGAUGAGCAUGCUUCGUCUGCCAUCAUGGCCUUGAAUGGAAAGUGGUCAGGCUGCCCAUGAAGACCUGUGCGCUCGGUUCCUCAAUUUUCAGAUAGCGUUUGGUCAAAGCGGUGAUGCUAUGAAGUGGGCUCCACCAUGAAACAAUCGAGGCAGCCCACUCCUCAGCAGAUUGAGCAAUUUCCCUCUCCCAGCACCGCACGCCUCCGCCAGGCCACCUGCGUCCACACCAUCGCCAUCCCCUAGAUGUCCGCCGACCGCGUCGACCCCAUCGCCGUCUUCCAGGACACCGUAGGACACCGCCCGCAACACCACAUGUACCCCUCUCUCUAUGCAAGACGAAAGAGGUGGCGGCCGUGAAUGAGCGCAACCGCGGCUGCGC